CAAAUACACCUCGACAAGAUUUCACAUAUCCUUGAGUUAGUUCAGGUUAAUUUACGACCCCAUGUAGUCUGUGACUCAGCCACAACCACAGGCUUUUUCAGCAGCACAGACAACUCCUUUAAAGCUCCUAUAAAAAAAAAUCCUAAAUAGAAAAGCACAAAUGAAACUAGAAAUAAGAAAAUUAGGAGGGCAAUGAAAUAAACUCUUUCUAUUCAUUGGUUUGACAGAUGCAUCGGUGAAACUGUGGGACAUGAGGUUGUUGCACAGCUUUGCGAACGCCAUCUUGUGUCAGCUGGACCCAAAGUUGAUGAGGAAUCAUGGUGAAGUUGGUGAUUAUAGUUCUGAUGAUCCUGCUGACCGUGUCUGGGGUCUCUCCUGCCUGUGGUCGAGCUGAAUAUCUUAUAGGGCAGGAAUGCUGCCCUAUGUGUGGUCCUGGUUAUUAUGUACGGGAACACUGCACUAAGUUCACCAGUACGACAUGUGUUCCAUGCCCGUCAUCUACCUACACUGAUGCACCCAAUGGACUGGUGUCCUGUAGAUCCUGCACAGUUUGUCACUCGAUAUAUCCUAAUAUAGGUGCAGGUCUAAGAGUGAAGAGGGCGUGCAGCUCCACUUCAGACACAGUCUGUGAGCCUCUGGAAGGUCACUACUGUACUGACCCAAUCAAAGAUGGCUGCCGAGGAGCUGUGGAAUACACAAAGUGCUCACCAGGGCAGUACAUCAACCAGACAGGUACAGCAUCCACAGAUACUGUGUGUGGUGACUGUGUAGGCGACACAUACUCAAAUGGAUCAUUCACAUCCUGCAGACCACACACACGGUGUGAGUUGAUUGGACUUGUUGUCCUAAGAGAAGGUUCAUCUUCUUAUGACACUGAUUGUGGCCAAAGACAAAACACUGUUGCCAUUGUAGCUGGUAUCAUAGCUGGUGUUGCAGUCCUAGCUGCUACAUGUGGGGCUGUGGCAUUUAUAUGUAAUAGAAGGAAGAGGACAAGAAAAGCUCAACCAGGUAAGAAUGUUCAUGUUUCUUAUCAUUUAAUUAUUGUUAUUAUUAAGGCCUACUGUUAUCAUGAUUAGUAAGGCCUACUGUUAUUAUGCA